AUUCUCGCGCCUCAGAGUUUAUCUCUAAAACCUUCGAUCAAAGCGUUUGUGUUUGCUGAGCUCAUGAUUUGCUUCCUGCUCCUGGGAUUCACCUGCACAGGUGAGUCUCUGGAGGCGACGCGGCCUCGGCUGGUUGCAGCCAUGGAAGGUGAUGAUGUGGUUUUGCCGUGUCACCUGGGCGUCACUGUGGACCCCGAUGAGCUGGUGGUGGAGUGGGGAGUGGACCUGAACCCCAGAUUUGUGUUCAUGUGGUUUGAAGGGAGUGAAAAUAUCAAUGAAAAAAACGCGGCGUACAAGGGAAGAACGUCUGUGUUCACAGACAGACUGAAAGACGGAGACGUUUCGUUGAGACUGACGGCGGUGAAACACUCUGACAACGGGAGAUUCAGAUGCUACAACCCAAAAGAGAUCCAACAAUAUUAUGUUGACCUGAUUGUUGGCUCCGUCUCCUCACCUGCUGUCAGUUUAUCUGGACUGGAUGUGAGCAGCAGUGGAGUGAUGCUGGACUGCAGCGCUGCAGGCUGGUAUCCAGAACCUGAGCUGCUCUGGCUGGACGCAGACGGAAACAUCAUGUCUGCUGGACCUGCAGAGAAAAGCUCCGAUCCUGAUGGCGUUUACACCGUUAGCAGCAGAGUGACUGUAGAGAAGAGAAAGUACAACAACUUUACCUGCAGAGUCCAGCAGAGAGACAUCAACCAGAGCAGAGAGACACACAUUCAUGUUCCAGAUGGUUUCUUCGUUUCUCAGCCUGACUGCAGUGUUUCUAUCGGCUCCAUUGUGAUUCUGGGAAUCAUAAUUAUUAUUGGAGCUGCUGGUUUUACCUGGAAAUGGAGACAAACUGAAAACUCAAAGAAGAAACUAAAAGGGGAAAUGAGUGAUGAGAAAAAGCAGCUCAUGAAAGAAAAAGAUAAUUUAUCUGAGAAGAAAUCAAAGCUUGAGGAGGAGAUAAAAUACAGAAAUGAGGAUCAGAGAAUUAUUGAUCAGCUGAUUGAAUCAUUAAUGAUGAUGUCAGAGGAUCUGAAGAAUCAGAGAAAAACAAUCAAUGAUCAAAGAGAGAAGACAGUGAGAAUGACUGAUGAGGAUGAGAAGAAAUUUAACACAGUUAUUGAUGAAGAGAAACCAGACUGGGAACAAGAUGGAGUAUAAGCAGAAGGAUAUUUAAAACUGACGGAAAUGAUGACAGAGUCCUGGAGAAAACUGGAUGAGAGCAAGAAAGAUCAUCAACAAGUGGAACUGAUGACAGAGAAACUAAUAGAUAAAACAUUUAAAGAUGUUGAUAAGCUGAAGGAGAGGAAACAGGAAAUAGAGAAAAAUGUAGGGAAAUGAAAAAACAACUUGAAGAAAUGAAAACAUGAAUGUGAUUUAACUGCAGAGACAGAAACAGAUCAACUUCAGUUGAUUUUACACGAUGUGAGGAAAUAAAAUGAUCAGGUUUCAGUUAUUAGACUCAGUGGAAACGUUUUCAUGAUUCAGGGCAAAAAAACAUUUUGUAGAAAUAAAGCAGCAGAAAUGUUUGCUACACUCUGCAUGGAGAAAAGUUUAACUCAGUCAUUUGAUUUUUACAUGUAUUAAUUUUUAAAUGGAU